UCCUUCGAAAUUUGUCGAAACUAAAGUUCGCUAUUUGAGAAUUCGAUCGUCAGAUUAUUAGCACUUGAAAAAUUUAACACAAAAAUUGUUCUCAAAAAUUAGUUUCGAAAAAGUUUAUUACGAGCCUCCGCCAUUUGUGAUAUUACAAAAUGAGGGAUAAAAUGAUGCUGUUCGAUUUCACAAACGCGCAAAGCGUGGACGAUUGGCGAGAGAUGUCCGAUACCGUCAGACCCGUGGGAAAGUCCAAAGCUGCUUUAGUGCUGCAAAUAAGCCAGCUUUUCCAACGUGCGAUCCUUUUCACGCUGUUGAACCCACAACCCAAUGGCGCCGGUUUUGCCGGAGUUAGGAAACCGACGAAUCUCGAUUUGUCGUCGUUCAACAAUAUUGAGAUUACUUGUCGCGGUCAGGGGCAAAAUAGCCAUUAUAAAAUAUCUCUCAGGCAUCGAGGGCAGAACUCAGAUGAAGACCUCAGCUACGAGCAAUUUUUUACAGUGCCAAUGUCGAACGAUGAGUUCGCCGCAGUGACAUUACCUUUGAAAGACUUUAAGCCUUAUUAUCGUGGUCGGGAGAUUCCAGAUGGAGAACCUCUAGACACAGCUAAUAUCACCAUGUUUGAAUUCCAAAUUUACGGAGGCGUUUAUCUGCCCAUUAAGCAACACGGUGCGUCAGCCUUAGAAAUAGAAACUGUACAAGUGUUUUAAUAUUCUACUCGUGACAGGAGAAACCAAGCGCCUCUUUAAGAAAGCUUUCUCAUAAAAAUUAGUGUUACGAACACCAAACAUCUAGCUUCUCGCACAUAAAAUAAAUAAUUAAGCCUUUGAUUAGCAAUUUCUUGCAAUAUUAUGUCACGAUAUGAUAGUGGGAUGGAUUCAAGUUUAAUUGUUUUUAAUACGAGAUUGAUAGAAGAUAAAUUUAUUUUUUAAAAGCAA